AUGCCAACCCUGUCACCUCAGCAUCCCACACUCCCACCCAGCCAUCCCACACCCCACCCUGUCACCCGCCUUUUCCUCAUCCCCCGCACUUGUUACCCCAUAUCCCCAAACCUGUGGCUACCCACCAUCCCACACUCCCAUCCUGUCACCCAGUCAUCCCACCCCCACCCUGUCACCCUUCAUCCCACUCCCCAUCCUGUCACCCACAUCCCCACUCCCACCUUCUAUCCCCCGCUUUCCUCACCCCAUCCUGUCACCCAUCAUCCCACACCCCACCCUGUCACCCGUCUCUCCCUCACCCCAACCCUGUUACCCUCUACACUCCCCAUCCUGUCACCCAUCAUCCCACACCCCACCCUGUCACCCGCCUUCCCUCACCCCAACCCUGUUACCCUCACACCCCAUCCUGUCACCCCACACCCCACUCUGUCACCCUUUCAUCCCACCCCCAUCCUGACACCCCAUCAUCCCCUAACUCCCACCCUUUCCCCUGCCCCCCUCACCCUCAUCCCCACCUCCCACCUGUCACCCCACCAUCCCAAAGCCCCACCCUGUCACCACAUCCCUCACCCGACCCUGUUACCCUCUACACCCUCUUCACCCCACCCUGUCACCCGCCUUUCCCAAACCCCUCACCCCACCUCACACACCCGCCUUCCCAAACCCCUGAACCCCACCUCCAUCACCUGUCUUCCCAAAACUCCCCACUCCUGA